UAAUUUGACACUUCAACUUGCUUUGCUCUCUGCUAGUUGAGUCAGUUACUCACCCACAAACGUUUAUGUCCUUUUCUCUCUGUGACGAAAAAAAAGAAGAUAUUUGAAAAGAUCAGAAAAAUUAUAAGGAAUUUUUUUACCUCUGCCUGUCUCGGAUCUGUAAUAUAUAUUUAUUGGAAAAGGUUAAAAAGUGGGGCGUCUUCAACGGAAUAUGUGACAGGAGGAGGGGACGGCGCAGAAGAAUCCAAUCUUCUAAGGCAGACAGAGUGGAGAACUUUUAAUGGCUUUCAGGUAGAAUCCAAGGGGAGACUAUCAAAAUGAACACUAUACCGUCUAUGGACAGGCACAUACAGCAGACCAACGACCGGCUGCUGUGUAUAAAACAGCACUUACAAAAUCCAGCAAAUUUCCAGACGGCGGCCACGGAGCUCCUGGACUGGUGUGGUGAUCCACGGGCAUUCCAGCGACCUUUCGAGCAGAGUCUGAUGGGCUGUUUGACGGUUGUCAGCAGAGUAGCUGCACAGCAAGGGUAUGACUUGGAUCUUGGAUACAGACUUCUAGCUGUAUGUGCAGCAAACAGGGACAAAUUUACUCCAAAGUCAGCAGAGACCAACACCUGCAGGAGAUGUCAGAGUGAUACAGCCCUCCUGUCAUCGUGGUGCGAGGAAUUGGGGCGGCUAUUGCUUCUCCGUCACCAGAAGAACCGCCAGAGCGAACCUCCAGGGAAAAUACCCAUGCAGCCGCCCAUGAACUCUAUGAACUCUAUGAACUCUAUGAACUCCAUGGGCUCCAUGAAGCCCACACUCUCGCACGGUGAUGGGUCAUUUUCUUAUGACUCAGUUCCUUGGCAACAAAAUACUAAUCAGCCCCCAGGUUCAUUGUCUGUGGUUACAACGGUUUGGGGUGUAACCAACACUUCCCAAAGCCAGGUUCUGGGAAAUCCAAUGGCAAAUACUAACAAUCCCAUGAACCCUGGUGGUAAUCCCAUGGCAUCUGGGAUGUCCACCAACAAUCCUGGCAUGAACUCGCCUCAGUUCCCUGGUCAGCAGCAACAGUUCUCAGCCAAGACUGGCUCCAAUCAACAGUACAUGCAGCAGGGCAUGUAUGGACGGCCUAGUUACCCAGGAGGGGGAAGCUUUGGAGGGAGUUAUCCAGGUGGUCCCAAUACCCCAGGCGGUAUGGGUAUUCCCCAACACACGCGGCCUCCAAAUGAUUUCACCCAGCCUGCCGCUGCCGCUGCCGCAGCUGCAGUUGCUGCUGCUGCUGCCACGGCAACAGCCACGGCCACGGCCACUGUGGCAGCACUCCAGGAAACACAGAACAAGGACAUGAACCAGUAUGGAUCGGUGUGUUCUUCUUUCCAGAUGGGGCCAACCCAGACCUAUAACAACCAGUAUAUGAACCAGCCUGGUCCUCGCGGGCCCCCUUCCAUGCCAGGCCUAAUGAACACUGCUAGUAUGGGGGCGGGGAUGACGGCUUCCAACAUGAGCGGCCCACCCAUGGGCAUGAACCAGCCAAGGCCUCCAGGAAUGAACCCCUUCGGAAACCACAGCCAGAGAAUGCCUCAGCAGGGCUAUCCAGGUCCAAGGCCCCAGUCAAUGCCUAUGCCAGGGAUGAAGAGGCCUUACCCAGGAGAGCCAAACUAUGGCAGCCAGCAGUAUGGACCAAAUAGUCAGUUUCAAAACCAGCCUGGCCAAUAUCCAACUCCCAACCCUACAAGACCCUUGCCGUCCCCCAACUACCCUGGCCAGAGGAUGCCAGGCCAACAGAGUACAGGCCAGUACCCUCCACCCAGUGUCAGCAUGGGCCAGUAUUACAAGCAAGAACCAUUUAACGGUCAGAGCAACAAUUUUUCUGGGAGUGGAUACACAUACAGUCAAGGAAGUCUAAAUGGGCCUCCAAGGCCUGCAGCAAACUAUCCACACUCUCCUGUUCCCGGAAACCCUACACCACCUAUGACACCGGGAAGCAAUAUUCCACCGUAUCUGUCACCUAAUCAGGAUGUCAAACCACCAUUCCCACCAGACAUCAAACCAAAUAUCAAUGCCCUCCCCCCACCUCCGAAUGCAAAAGGGAAAGUUCACGCUUUCUCUCCCUCUUCGAUCCCAGCCAACCCCAACGAUGAACUGCGGCUGACGUUCCCCGUGAGGGACGGUGUUGUAUUGGAGCCGUUCCGAUUGGAACACAACCUGGCAGUCAGCAAUCACGUCUUCCAUCUACGGCCAUCUGUCCACCAGACUCUCAUGUGGAGGUCUGACUUAGAGCUUCAGUUCAAGUGUUACCACCAUGAAGACAGGCAGAUGAACACAAACUGGCCAGCAUCGGUGCAGGUCAGCGUAAAUGCCACGCCACUCACAAUCGAGCGGGGCGACAACAAGACUUCCCACAAGCCUCUGCACCUAAAACAUGUCUGUCAGCCAGGAAGAAACACAAUUCAGAUCACAGUCACGGCCUGCUGUUGUUCACACUUGUUCGUACUGCAGCUGGUACACAGGCCCUCUGUCCGAUCGGUUCUUCAAGGCUUGCUGAAGAAGCGUCUUCUCCCGGCUGAGCACUGCAUCACGAAAAUAAAGAGGAACUUCAGCAGUGUAGCAGCUUCCUCAGGCAAUGCCACAUUAAAUGGCGAGGAUGGAGUGGAACAGACGGCUAUCAAAGUAUCUCUAAAAUGUCCAAUCACGUUCCGGCGGAUUCAGCUUCCAGCAAGAGGCCAUGACUGUAAACACGUACAGUGUUUUGAUCUGGAGUCAUAUUUGCAAUUGAACUGUGAACGAGGAACGUGGCGGUGUCCUGUAUGCAAUAAAACGGCGCUACUUGAGGGCCUGGAGGUUGACCAAUACAUGUGGGGAAUCUUAAAUGCAAUUCAGAAUUCGGAAUUUGAAGAGGUCACCAUUGACCCUACGUGUAGUUGGAGGCCAGUACCAAUUAAGUCAGACAUCCACAUCAAGGAGGACCCAGACGGACCAUUAUCAAAGCGGUUUAAAACUAUGAGUCCCAGCCAGAUGAUCAUGCCCAAUGUGAUGGAAAUGAUUGCAGCCCUUGGUCCAGGUCCCUCGCACUAUCCAUCACUACCGCCUCCACCAGGAGGAAAUGGUGAAUAUGGUAGCCAAGGCAUCAGUUAUCAAGGACACCACAGCUUUGACUUUCCCCAUGGUAACCCUGGUGGUACGUCUAUGAAUGACUUCAUGCACGGACCACAACUGUCUCACCCACCUGACAUGCCCAACAACCUCAUGACUUCUGACAAGCCACUCAGCCACGGAAUGCCUGAAUCAAUCCCUCAUCCUGGCAGCACUGAUCAAUCCCAUAGUUCCAUGCAGCAAAGUUUGCACGCACCUCCUCACCCCAGCAGCCAGUCAGGGCAGCCAUUACAUCACAGUGGUCCUCCCCAGCAGUUACGGCAGCCGCUUCCACAGCCCGGUUCUAACAACCAUCCACACAGCGACUUGACCUUUAACCCCUUAGAAGGUCAGGCUGGUGGGCAGGGACCGCCUGACAUGCCGGAACCCUCACUGGAUCUUCUCCCAGAGCUUGCGAACCCCGACGACCUGCUAUCAUAUCUGGACCCUCCUGACUUGCCAAGCAAUAGCAACGAAGAUCUUCUUUCUCUCUUUGAAAACAAUUAAAGCUCUGCUCCCUCCAAAAAUAAAAACAACAAAACAAACAUGAAUCUUCUGGUUGUAGCCAUACAACAAGUCAAUCCCAAAUUUCUCACAGGAGCUCGUUAAUAAAACAAACACAGAUGCACUCCUCUGCUCUUCUUCUCUCAGAACUGUCUUCUUAGCCAGACAAACUAACCGAAAGUAGCUGGAGAUGCAAACAGUACGCCAUUCUGAUUGGCUGUCAUGUUUGUCAUUCUUGAACUUUUGAAACUGUGCAGCUAUAUUCAAUCCUUUGUAAAUCAUGUAGAACGAGUGCUGUAAGAAUCAUAGAAAGAUGUCAUAGCAUUUUAUUUUAGAGAAGAUAUUCGCACAGGCUGCCCAUUCUGGCCAGUGUCCGAAAGCCCGUCGACCAGUGUUCUUCCAGUCCUAGGAACUGUGGCUUCCCUUGACAACUGCACCUUUGCCAACUGACAUCCGAAUGAAUAAGUGUACCGCUGGCCCCAAGAGCAACAUUCAAAGCACAAGAAGUUAUGUGAAACUCAAAAAGGCAGCAAAACCUUAAAGGGAAGUGCUCAUGCAACGCAAUCAACUAUGGAUGAAUCACCUGUUGCUGUCCAGUAUAUAGGCAAUCCCAGAACAUUUGUGGGGAUUUGACAUUACAAAGCAAAAGGCACAGAAAAAACAAGAGAAUUUUGCCAGCACAUGGAAACGCAGCCAUUACGGUUGAAAACUUGCGGUGUGUAUAAGGGAAAAGUGAGAUUGUGGUCGACAACAGUGAGCGUUUAUUCUGGUUUUUUUUUUUGUUUUGUUUGUUUUUGUUUUUCUGAACGUGAAAAUUUCUCUUCACCGCACAAUAAACAGAUCAGUGCUGGUGAAGCACUAAUCCCUCCUAGGAGGCAGCAAAUUAACUCCCCCCCCCCCCCCCCCACUGUCUUCUGUAAUUCACUGGAUUGGGCAUUUAGCAGAUCCCAGUUUAUUUUUUUUUUUAACAAGACUGUUACAUACUGGCCCAGUUCUUAAGUUACCUACCAGGAGUUUUAAAUACACAAAAAUAAUCCACUUUGUAGAUUAUUAUUACUGUUACUGCCCUCAAUAGACCUCGGUGCCAGAGUCACUGUAUUGUACCCUUGCCUUGUGCUUCUCUUAUGUGGUUGCUUAUCCUGCAUGAGCCUUGUGUCGCUCUUGUACCCAUUUUGUGGUGUUUGUCUCUCUUUGAUGAAUUAUGUACAGUAAAUUGUCUAAAAAGUGCAUGUGUGCCAAUUUUGCCCUUGUUCAGUGAUGUUCCUAGCUAAAACGCAAUGUAUGUUUUCAUCAAUGAAUUUUACUCCAGGAAAAUCUUUUUCUUUCUUUCUUUUCUUUUUUUCUACCAUUUUUCAUCAUUCUUUCAUGAAUUUUGCUUGGAAUCUUAAAGUGCCAGAUAUUGUUUUCUCUUUUUUUUAUUUUUUUUUGUCGUCCAUUUUUUUUUUUUAAUAAAUACUUUGUUUUUGUUUUUUGGGGGUUUUUUGCAGUGAUGCAAAUGGUAUACAAUGAACUUACCAUUGGGAAAUUGCUUUAUAUCACCAAAGUUAUCUUUGUAAAAAAAAAGUGUUAUUUUAUUCAUUUUAUUAAAAAAAAAAAAAA